AUGAAAGGAAAGGUUAAUGCCAUUGUGAACUUCACGUAUCAACAUUUUAAAGCCUCACUGGAAAUGACAGUUUGGGUGCCACGGCUCCCUCUGCUGAUAGAUGUGUCUGACACAGAAUUAAAUCAGAUCAAAGGUUGGAGGGUUCCUAUUAUGACAAAUAAGAGACCAGCAAGGGACAGUGAAGAUGACGAUGAUGAUGAUAAAAAGGGUAAAGGUUGUACUUUACAAUACCAACAUGCCUUACUGAGAGUCCUCACACAGUUCAUCGCCGAAUCUCCUAAUGUCGCUGGACAGCUAAAUUACCUGCUUGGAUCUGAUUGGCAGGUGGACAUAACUGAUCUAAUUAGUGAAUUUAUCACGAUGGAUGAGCCAAAAGUUCUAAGAAUUCAAGGCCAGAUGCUGAUUGGGCAGGAAGCCGGUAUGACAACUUUACAGAUACUGUCCCCUCUUUCGGAUGCUAUCCUAGCCGAGAAGACAGUGAUGGUUGUAGAUGAGAAAGUGGCAGUCACAGAUUUAGGAAUUCAGGUAGUCACAGGAUUGUCACUAUCUCUUCAGCUCAGCACUGGGAGCAACAGAGCAAUCUAUGCAACUACCACAGCACGAGAGCACUUUAAUUCUCCAAAACAGGAAGUAGAGAUCAGUUGCUGGAUCCAGUUUAGCGAUGGUACAGUGACUCCAUUGGAUUUUUAUGAUGCUAAAGACUUUUCAUUAAGUGUGACAUCAUUGGAUGAAAAGGUUUUCACUGUUUCUCAAGAUGCCAAAUCAAAAUGGCCAACUUUCUCAGCCAUUGCUGAAGGCCAAGGAGCACUGGUCAAGGUAGAACUCAUGAUAAGUGAGCUUUGUCAAAAGUCAAAAAGAAAGAGCAUCCUCACUAUUGGUUUUGGACACAUAAAAGUCAAAUUUGGGCAGGACACUAAAAAUGACAGUAGAAAUGUGCAUUACAGAGAUCGCUUUGAAACCCACUACAUUGGCAGAAGACAGAAGAUUUCACUAGAAGGUCUGAAACCUGAUGGUGCUUAUUUUGGAACCCCGUCUAUGGAAAGAGAUGUUAUGAUCAUGAACAGGGCUACGACUGAUAGAACCCAACUCAACAAAAAAAGAGAACGGGAUAGUCUUUUAGAUGAUGACAGUCAACUCCCCAACAUCCCCAUGGAUUUUACCAGUUUUCCUGUACAGGUUGAUGUACCAAGUAAUAAUGGAGAUACGGAAGAAAAUGAUCUUGUGCAGAAUACACGAGGUCUGAGUGAUCUGGAAAUUGGAAUGUAUGCAUUGUUGGGUGUCUUUUGCCUGGCCAUACUUGUUUUCCUUAUAAAUUGUGUUACAUUUGCAUUGAAAUAUAGACACAAACAGGUCCCAGUAGAUGAGCAAGAAACAAUGACACAUGCACAUGACUGGGUUGGUCUUACAAAUCGAACAGAAAUUUUGGAAAAUAAUAUUAACUUCCCUAUGCAGCCAGAAGAAUGCAUAACAGCUGUAGACAGAGGAGUUAAUGUUACAGAAGGCAAAUACCUUCUUACUUCAAACCCACCCAAACCUGUUAAUGGACAGACAUAUAGAUCUGCAGAGACUUCAUUCAAUGAAGUGAAGGAACAGAGGGGGGAGUCUGCUGCCUCGCCUACCUCCAAAAGGAAACGUGUAAAAUUUACUACGUUUAGUAAUAUCCCUCCUGAAGAUGGAUGUCCUAACAUCAAACCCAUGUUAUUGAACAAUGAGGAUGAUAUAAAAUGGGUGUGCCAAGACUUAGACAUGGGAGAUUGCAAAGAGCUUAGAAACUAUAUGGAAAGAUUACAUGAAAAUGUAUGA